AUGGGCAAGGCGGCGAGGUGGUUCCGCAGCUUGCUGGGCGGGGGCGGAGGGCGGAAGGAGCAGGGGAAGGACCCGCAGAGGCGGGCGUCCGCGGCGCCGCCCCCCGCGGACAGGAAGCGAUGGAGCUUCGCGCGGUCGUCGCGGGACUCGGCCGAGGCGGCCGCGGCGGCUGCGGCGGCGGCGGAGCGGGCCGCGAAGGGCGGCGCCAACGCUGCGAUCGCGCGGGCGGCGGAGGCGGCGUGGCUCAAGUCGCUGUACGGCGACACGGAGCGGGAGCAGAGCAAGCGCGCCAUCGCGGUCGCCGCGGCCACCGCGGCGGCGGCGGACGCGGCCGUGGCCGCCGCGCAGGCCGCGGUCGAGGUCGUGCGCCUCACCAGCCAGGGGCCGGUUUUCGCUAGCGGAGGCGCCGUCCUCGACCCCCGAGGUCGCGGCGGCGCCGCCGUCAAGAUCCAGACGGCAUUCAGAGGUUUCUUGGCGAAGAAGGCGCUGCGAGCGCUCAAGGCCCUGGUGAAGCUGCAGGCGCUGGUGCGCGGCUACCUGGUGCGGAGGCAGGCGGCGGCCGCGCUGCAGAGCAUGCACGCGCUCGUCCGCGCGCAGGCCACAGUCCGCGCCGCGCGCGGCCGCGCCGUGCCGCAGCUCCCGCCCCUCCACCACCACCCUCCCGUCCGGCCGCGCUUCUCGCUGCAAGAGCGGUACGCGGACGACACGCGGAGCGAGCACGGCGUGGCCGCGUACAGCCGGCGCCUGUCCGCGAGCAUCGAGUCGGCGUCGUAUGGCGGGUACGACCGGAGCCCCAAGAUCGUGGAGAUGGACACCGGGCGGCCGCGGUCGCGCGCGUCGUCCCAGCGCACCGACGACGACUGGUACGCGCAGUCGGUGUCGUCGCCGCUGCUGCCGUGCCAUCUCCCCGGCGGCGCGCCCCCGCGCAUCGCGGUGCCGAGCUCGCGCCACUUCCCGGAGUACGAGUGGUGCGCGCCGGAGAAGCCCCGGCCGGCGACGGCGCAGUGCACGCCCCGGUGCGCCGCUCCGUUCCUCGCGCCGCCGACCCCCGCCAAGAGCGUCUGCGGCGCGGGGGCCGGCGUCGGGUGCCCCGGGUACAUGUCGAGCACGCAGUCGUCGGAGGCCAAGUCCCGGUCGCAGAGCGCGCCGAAGCAGCGGCCGGAGCAGCAGCCGCGGAAGCGCGUGCCGCUGAGCGAGGUGGUCCUGGAGGCCCGCGCGAGCCUGAGCGGCCUUGUGGGCAUGGCGCACAAGCCCUGCAGCAACCGCGCGGUGGCGCAGGAGGCGUUCGACUUCCGCGCCGCCGUGGUGAGCCGCUUCGAGCGCCCGCCGGACGCCGCCGCGGCGGCCGAGAGGGAGCGGGACGCGUUCUUCCUGCAGAGGAGGUGGUGAGCGUGAAGCCCAUCAAUCCACGAAGCCGCUCCUCGCCCGCUGGCCAUGGCUAAUCAGCGCUGCUAAUUGGGAUUAGUUUCCUCAUUAAUUCCUUGCUAUCUCUGAAUCCUUUCAAUCUCCUUCUCGCCCUGUCUCGAUCUCUCUGCUGUUCUUGCAUACAAUAACUUCGUGGGAAGCAGGGACAUUUCAUUUCAUUUUCAUUUUUCUUCUUCUUCUCAUAGUAGCGCGCUACCUGAAUCAAUCAGAUGUACAUUCCACCCACUCGUAUCAACUAUCAAGAGAAGCUCUGCCUCGUUUCGAAUCA